UCUCAAAACACAGGAAAAAUGGCUAUCAAUUGUGUUCAUCUAGAAACUGAUGCUUAUAUGGUUUGUCUAACCCACGCUUUAUCGACAGAACGGGAGGAAGUCAUGGGUCUAUUAAUCGGGGAGAUUGAUGAGAACAGAGUGUCUCAUAUAUCUGCAGUGAUAAUGUUGAGACGUUCAGAUAAACAGCCUGACAGAGUGGAGAUCUCCCCAGAACAGCUAUCAGAUGCUUCCACAAAAGCAGAGGAUUUAGCAAAAGAACUAAAGCGCCCCUUGCGAGUUUUAGGCUGGUAUCACUCUCAUCCACAUAUCACUGUCUGGCCGUCUCACGUAGAUGUGCGGACACAAGCAAUGUAUCAAAUGAUGGAUGAAGGCUUCAUAGGUCUCAUAUUCUCUGUUUUUAACCAAGACAAAAAUACGAAGUCACUUUGUCACAUCAUGGAAGUGAUGAGUGCUCCUUUGAUACAGUCUUUGGAGAAUCGCCUCGAACAAAACCAGGCACGUAUCUCACAACUACAGAAGGAAAACGCUGCUCUAAAACAACAACUUGGUUCAACCUGACAACUCACAGACUUAGUGAACAUGUGACAUUUAUAUUGAAUCCAGGGUUGGAUCUCAUACUCAAACAGCUUGAUCAUUGUGUACCACAAAACAUUUCAUCUUGUAUAAACAUGUGUGUUAGAUUAGGUAUGAAAUACCAAAUAUUUUCUAGCAUCAUGUGAACAGGUUUAUCAGGAAGGCUGUCCAACACAUGUACUUUUAGUGAUGUGUGGGGAAAACAUCUAUGUAUAAUAUACUGCAGUAAAACAUUUUCUGGAUUGAUGUUAAACCCGGUUGAAUAUGAGGACAAUUUCACUAUAACAUUUUUGGGAUGUUAUGUCGGUCACACAGUGGUGUUUAAAUGUGAGAGAUACACAGGUGUAAUAGUUUAUGUAAGGUUUAUAUCUAUAUUUAUAAGAUACAGUCAGAAAAUUGACACAACGUCAGCUGAUGAUCAGAAGUGCAUGACGUAACAUACUUUACCUGUAGUGGUUUGUGUUUCUCAGGAGUUUGAGAAUCAGACCACUCUGUACUGACGUAGUUAUGUCCUUGGGUGUGACACUUACGCUGAUGGCUGUGGAUGAUAUGCAACAGUCUUUCUGUAUGUUGUUCAGUGAGAUAGCCGCCAUCUAUUACAAGGCAUCACAACUGUCUGGCUGUUUACGGGGCAAUGCGGUAUACAGUUCUUUUCUGUGUAAAUGUUGUUGCAGGCAUCAGAUUCAGAAACUACCUAGAUUAUAUACUGGUGUACAAGCCAAGUGUCACUUCUGUUCUGAGCAGUUUGGAUGAACCCCGGUGCUCAUUCAUAGUGCUGAUAUUUAUGAUUUUUCUGAAAGUUGUUAAAAAAUGAGAUGAUACAGGAGAAUCUAUUGUUCAGGAGAGGUAUUCAUGUUUAUUUUCAUACUAGAAUCAUGAAUUGAUGAGAUUAUCAGCAUGGUGGUUUGUCCUUUAAGUGUGGUCUCUGUGAGAUAUCAUUAACCAGAGUUUCUAACAGGUUACAAUAUGGUGGGACAAGAUUAUUGGCAUUAAACAUUUACCUUAAGGUACUUACUCACAUGCAAGUUCAUGUAAGGAAAGACAACUCUUGGUAGAUACUGUCAUAAAACAAUGUUGAUUUUCCUUGUUUUGAUUGUAAAAAGAUCAGCUUUGUAUCGAUUAGACAAAUAGUAUUGGUAAGUUAUCGUUAAUUAAUUAUUAGCCUACUGUAAUAUAGACAAGUUUCUUGUAGGGUCAUUAUUUCAUGUUACCAAUAAACACAGAAUUUUCAGGAUGUUGAUAUAUAAAUGUAUGAGAAGGGACAAGUACAAUCCCCUAACAAUGGGCAUACAGUUACUUCCAAUCUGAUGAAAGCAUCACAUAUUUUCUAUCAGGUGUGAAAGGGUUGUGCAGGAGACUUCAAUUUGCUCAGUUUUCUGUAACAAAUAUUUUAUGUUUACAAAAUAUUUAUUGUUAAAUAAAAAUUUUAAACUUUCCUUGA